AUGACGCAAUUGCCACCCGAGUCUGUCGGUUGGAUGGAGAUGUCCUUUUUCUUGAUCCAGACCGAAUCGUGCAGACUACUCCAUCCCGUUCUGGGGACUCGCGAGCAGUGCUCUGCACAGACUCUUCCGGACAUCGCAGCUAAACGGAAGAUGAUCCAAGAGCGCACUCAAUAUGUCUCUUCGCGUUAUGGCAUCUCGAGUUCUUCCAAAAUGCCCAACCAUCUACCCCGUAUUGCAAUGCAGCAUUCUAUCACCGCCUACAAGAAAAUGGAGUUUAUGCUCCAGCUCCGAGAGAAGAUCAGCAUGCAGAAGCAAGAAGACUUUCAAGAUGAUGACGUGGCUGAUGUACUGAACCCAUCUUUUAAGCUGGCAUGCGAUGGACUGGAAAGUAGUUACUGUCUCGCUUUGCUGCAACAUCAAGCCCUGGCGUCGAGAAGUGCUCAGCAAACCACAACGAGUAGUGAUAUUCAAGCUCCUUUGGAGCGUCGUCCUGCUUCCCCGGGCUUUGGGCUUGGGGAAGAUCCUCAUGAAACUGAAAUCCCGCUACCAUAUACGACGCCUCAUGAAGGAUCUCUUCCGAACUUUGAAGCAAUCCUCGAACAGGGGUUUCUCGCGGAUACUAGCCAGAAUAUCUUCUCUUCUUUGGACCUCUCUGUGUCUGAGGUGCCGUUCCUGCCGGAGUGGAAUGCAGUCAUCAAUGGCUCCUUGAUUGAUGGCAAUUACUCGAAUGCACGGUGA